AUGGGGCGAGCAGGAGGUCCUCGCCUCCUCCUUCAUGUGCUGGCAGCAGCAGUUUGCACGGAUGCGCUUGGAGGCACCAAGGAUUCUACCAGGAUGCGAGACCUUCUACAACUUUGGGAGCAGGAAGCGCGGGCGCAUGUGGACGACGUUGUGGUGCCAGAUUUCUUGAGCUGUAGCUUUGACACGGAGUGGGAGGAAGCACGUCUUGAGAUGAUAGCUUCUUUGCAGCACGUGCCGCAGGAUCUUCCGAGAUUCCCUGAAACGCUGGCAGAGCUUCCGCAGUACCCAUGGCUGGAGAAACUCUUCUCCAUGGCAAAGAUUGUCCAGGAGGACACUGUGGUGAACAGGCAGGAGGGUCAGUGGUAUCUGGCCGGGGACUUUCACGGAAUCCCUGCCUUAGCUCUGCAACCUAAACAUCUGCAGCCAGAGACAAAGUCAUGCUUCUUUGGCUACAUAAACAUGUUCUAUGUCGUCGCAUGGUGGUAUGCCUUGGACCAGGAUGUUAAUGAGGCGAUCCUGUACCUACAAUUGAUUUCGCAGCUGCUCAAGAAGGGACAGCUGGACUGGACUGAGCAUUCUGGUUGGCCGAUCACGUCAUGGAGUGUCUAUGUGAAUAUUCAUCGCUUGCUUUCGGGCAUGCCAUUCACGCCUCUUCCUGCAGAUCCGAUGCCAGUGAAUCCGAUGUCGCACCUGGUUCCGGCCGUUUGGCCGAUGCCAGGCUCCCGACACUACACAGCCAAGCAGACAAAACAGAGUAUCAGCGUUUUUUAUAUUGCAAUGCAUGUAAUUCCUUUCAAUGACUUCUUGACAUUCCUAGAUGAGUGGUGGCAGCCGGCUGGCGGGCCGGACGCAACUCCGGUGAAGAUCUACUCGAACUACAUGGGCUUUGUUCGGUGUUGUCCUGGCGUCGGUCAGGCAUGCUCCAGCAAGGACGUAGAAGCCGCGAUGCCAAUGCAGACAGAUUGGAGGAUACCAUACUGCUGUCGAGAUGAGAAACUAUAUGACUUGAUAGGCGUGCCGCGACUUCACGACCACAGUCUGGGUCAAUGGGAAGGUGCGUACAGCAAUCAUCGUACCGAGCACUGGUCCGAAGUGAAGGCGAAGUUUGCGGCCGAGUACUAUGACUGGUUAGACUCCCACGUGGAUCUCUUCCUUUGUGGUCACCCGCUGUUUUGGUGCACGCUCUUUGAGGACUUGCUGCGCGCCAAUCAGAAGAAAUCCAUGAUCGCUGUUUAUGACCAGCCGCCUUUUUUUCUGGUGCCAGAAGACGGCGAAGAUGAUUUCGCAGACCGCUUGAAAGCCUUUGCGGACCCGGAGUUUCGAAAUGCUGCUGUUGUAGGCUUUGCUCCUUUCUUCAGCCGCCAAUUUGAAUGGUUGCUGGGUCGAAAAAUCCCCCACAGUCGCCCAAUUGCGCUGGUGGUGAAGGAGGUUUGGCAGCCGCUUCGACCAGACUCUGUGCUAUUCUCUACAUCCAUUGAUGGAGAAGCAACAGGGAUAUUCUUUCGCUAUGCGGAUGAGAAUGUCAUCACGGAUCCCAGUGGCUUGCAGCUGAAGUUUUUGGAAUGGGGCUUGGGCGCGCAGACCAAGAACGUCGAACACCGCAGAGGCCUGACCUACGAAACUCCGAAGUCGGAGCUGGCACAGCUCCGAUGUGUCGUGGUUACACCCUAUGAUUUCGCACACUUCAAGCUGCCAGAGUUCAAAGCCAUGGGGAUGCCUGUUUUCAUGCAUUCGCAGCUGUGGAAAUGGACCACCCGAUGGUCACAGCUGAUUGCACGCCCAGCGGGUCACAACGCCUCCCUCUUUGCAGCCAAUCGCUGGCAGCCUCCCCAAGUGUGUUACACGCAGCUGCAGAAGCAGGAAGAUCUGCCGAUGCCAACACUCCCAGAAUCAUUCUACCGAGAUCCAUGGGGUUCUCUUUCCGAUCAAAGCCUGUGUGCCAAUGCCUUGUCCAAGUGGGAUGACCACCAAGGACCCUUUGGGCGCUCUCCGUUCCAGUUGUUCACCAUAGACCGGCGGGACUUGCAGCCUUUGGACGGCACACUUUUCUGGUCUCAGUGGAGCGAGAUGUCCCUGCUGCCGUACACCAUCUACUUUGACUCGGCGGCGCACUUGAUCGCGCUACUGCGGAAGCUGCCUCUCCAGGCGCUUAUGGAUGUUUCUCGAGCACAGCGGCACUGGCACCGUCAAGAGUCCUAUCAGGUCAUCGAGUUUUGGCGUGGCCUGACUGCCGCCCUCAUCGCCGGUGAUGCUGCAAGCUUUAAAGAAUAA